UUAUCUUCUAAAUGAUGUCUAUUUCUAAAUUUUUUUGGAUGAUAAUAUUUUGGCUGAGGUGGAUAGUCUCAAAAGCCUUGAAUUUAGUCCCUUUUAUAUAGUAGGAUAUAUGUAUUACAUAGAGAUGCUAAAAAUCAAAUCUCUAUGGAUAAAAUAAAAAUCUAAACAACUUUCAUGGAAUCGGUGGUAAUUUUGUUGUUGUUUAUAUGGUCUUUGAACAAAUGUAGAUGUUUCUAAUAUUUAUUCAAUCUGGCAUCAGCAUCAGCCAAUAUCUUCUACUUGUAUUUUGCUUAAAUUUGGAUAUUUAGCUAACUAUAUGAUCUGAUCCGUAAAAAAAUGUGGAAAAAAAAAUCAAACUACAAAAGCUGUAUAUUAACCUCCUUUGUUGUUGGAAAAGAGGUAACCUGUUCUGAGUCAUUCUCAGAUUUGAAUUUCGGAACCUCCAACCAAAAUACAGAUUAUGAGUAAUUAAAGAGUCUCAACGUCCCGCAGUUUGACAACUCGUUUCUUAAUAGCUAGGAUAACACAUUUUAUAUAACACCCUAAACAAUAUGGGAUUUGUCCAGAUUAUUCAGGAUCUAGUAAAAUUAUAAUGAUCAAUCUAUUUACGUGUGAUGGAUACCAACAAAAAGAAUUCUAGUUUUCUGCAUAGUCUAGCGAACAUUUUGUAAUCUUGCUACAGUAGUGAAAGGACUAUCGAACAAAUAAACUAAGCAAUCAGGUAAUAACGAAUGGCAGAAAUAAAACUAAUAACACGGCUGCUCACAGUUUUAUAUUACAUAUUUAUAUAUGACUAUGAUAUAUGAAGAGUAAUCUAAACGUCUUGCGAAAUCAUCUGACAUUCUUGACUAAGACUUCAACUAAUUCAUUCGUUAACUUUGACCAUCUCAUUCUUUAACCAACCUUCGUCAUGAAACAUAAUAUAUUUAUAUGAACGAUUGUUAUAACAAUAAUCUUUGAUGACAAAAUUACAGAAAGCGAAGAACAAACCCAAUGUCAUAUCAAAUAAUAAAAUGUACAGCACCUUUAACUAAAGAGACCCAACCCUCUCUACAAACAUACUACAUCUCAGCAGCAAUGAGUUUAAAAUAUUACGGUGGAGUUAGGAAAAAAUACAGAAGAAGUUUCGUCCUUCAAUAGACUUACACGAGUAUUUUGUAAAUGCAGAUGAUGCAAAAAUGAAGAUCAUAAAGUAAAUAUCACACAAAGUUUGUUAAUUGGUUUAUUUUCUAUUCUUCGAGACUUCUUCCAUAUUUCAAAUUCAGAAAAAAAAAAAGCAAAUUGCAACCAAUUCGUAUUACAAGCAUAACCCUCUUGAAUCACCGCUCGGUUCUAUAACAUAAUAAGCUCUUCAAGACAAACUAUAUCUUGACAUAAAUUACCUUAGAGUUUAGAUUUUAUCAGGAUAACAUAACUAUAAACUAAAUUCCUCUAAGUCUCUGAAAAUAUGUUAUAUGUACUUCGUCAAAUACGUCAUCGAGUACGUCAACAACUUACAGACACCAAUGAUAUUAACGGCACGUCAACACCAACACUUGAUCACCACAAGCUCGAAGUAAUGGCACACUCCGUCAAACACAACAUCAACACCAACGCCACAACACUAAGACAAAGAAACACUUCAUCAGACACUACGAGAAUACUCAACAACACAAACACACAAUGAAAACUCUCUCCCCCUUUUAUUCUCUGAGUUUUGUCUUCCUCACAAGGGACAUUCAUCGUUAUAUAUUAAACCAUAAGCUUGCUCAAGUUAUGUUUCCAUUUAAGCAAACUUCAUUUUCUUGUAAAUGAACACUUCUUCUCCAAACAAAACCUUUUCGCUUAAUAGAAAUCGUCUAUUUUCCUUCAACCACAUAUUCUCUUCCUUUUCCAAGAUCUACAUAUGUAGGUAUUGGGGGAGGUCUAUAAUCUUCUUCGUGUCUAGGUUAAUUCAUACUUCCUCCACCUCUUUUUGGUUUAAAAUUCUCCAGCCAUCUGCUUCAAGCAAAUCAAGUUGAAGAGUAUUAAUCGGUGAUAUUCCCUUUCAGUUGAAAGUUUAGUAUUUUUCACCUUUCAAAUGUACCAUAAAUUUAGGCUAGAUAUUUGUAAGAUAUUUUGAACUAUUUUUAAUUUUUCAUUUUGUAAAUGAAAUUUUAUUUAUUUCAUUUUGACGUAUUAUGACCGUUUUCUUACUAUUAUUAAAACAGAUUAAUAAUUUUAAUCUUAUUGGAGCCGGGUUUCACCCUGCUCAAGACCUAGUUGGAGACCUCAACCCAGACGCAAUGGAGCCUCGCUCAAACAUCACUAAGACCCAAGCAGAAACGAUAGGUCCACGAAGGUCAAAGGCCCACCCCGAGAUGAAGGGUCUCGUACGCCGAACUCGGUGAUCACAGCAUAACGUAAAUGAAUCAACGCCAUUUAAGACAAUCAUAAAGACGCCUGAUCCACGCUAGAGAUCACGCCACCGUUAAGAUCCACACUCUGAGACCUAUAAAAAGGAGGACAAGCCAAGAAAGGGAUCCAGUCUUCUCUAUGGCUAAACGAUAGUCUCGUUCCAUUCAUAUUCUCUUGUUCUUAGACAUCCCGUUGUAUUCAUCGGCUACUUCAGACCUUAUCAUCAACAAAAUAUACAUUUUCCAGCUCAAGCUUUUUCUUUUAGAUUAGUUCUUAUAUGUGUUAUCAUAAGAAUGUACCAUAUUUGUGAGUAGAUUUUAGGAUCUCACAAAACUUCAAUGUUAAUUCGUCGUAACUGUUUCGACGAAUUAAAAGCAACUAUCGUUGUUAAUAUCCGUAUUUAUCAUCCAUACUGCCUUACGACGAACAAGUCAAUGAUGAUGUAACAACAAUUUUUUUGUUAUAAAUUCACGACAAAUUACGAUGAAUCUUAAUUUGACACACAUUUAGUGACGAAAUGUAUCGCUAAUUCGUCGUAAAUAUUCAUUUACGGAAAAUUAACAACAAAUAUGGUUGUUGCCUGUCGUAAAGCCCUUAUUUUCUUGUAGUGAAUAUUUAUGUGUCACAGCUUUAACCUCUAUAAAUUGUAGAUGGAUCUGUUUGAAUUACCGAUCAAAAACUGAAUAUCCAUUCAGGAGAUAAUGUUUUUUCCUGAGAAAGGACGUUAGUUUCACAUUUCAGAUGUUGGCCCACUAUAAAGCUAACUAAAAUCAUACCUUUAGUUAAGUUCCUAUUUAUUCAUAUCCAUUAUUAUCAUUAUUCUGUUAUAUUUUCCAUAAAUGCUUAAACGAUACAAUACUAUAGUUUUUUUAGUGAAAAUUUUUGGACUAUUUCUUGAGAUUUGUGUGUCAUCUUUGCACAGGAACCAUGCUAAUCUUCUUUAUAUCGUUCUAAUUUUAUCAGAUGUUCCUUUAGGACCUACAAUACUAUAGUUUCUUUAUUUGAUGUUUGGAGUCAAGUGCGAUACAAACAAAACAAUCAAAUUAUGUACGAAAUUACGAUUUGGAUCAACUCUUUUGAGCAUUACAAUCGUCCUUUGUAGUACCUACACAACCUAUAAAACAAAUUCGUAUUUAUAUAAAGUCUGAGAUGGACAGAUAACGUUAUUAAUCCGAUAAAUUAAUUUGCUUAUACGAUAUAUUUUGCAGAUGCAUUUGUAUGUUGUGAUGGAAUGUUUGCUAAUAUGUUGUUGAAGCACAUAAUCUGCGUGAUAUAUCAUUCCAAAUGUCCCAAACUUAUCAUCAAAUUUAGAAUGUCCCAAACUUGUGAUUAUUAUUUUAAAAUGAACACCAAAAGACAUGUUGUUAUAUGUAUUAUAUACACACACAUUACAUGCAUAAGCUUCUACUUCCCAACCAUUCCAUAAUCUUUGUUCUAUCCGGCCAAUCAAAAUGAGUGAUAAACUUAGACUAUCCGUCGGAAUUUUGGGAAACGGAGCUUCCUUGCUGCUCUAUACAGCUCCAGUAUUAACAUUUUCAAGGGUGUUUAAGAAGAAAAGCACAGAAGAAUUCUCAUGUCUUCCUUACGUUAUGACACUCUUCAACUGUCUGAUUUACACUUGGUACGGUUUACCGAUUGUGAGCCAUUGUUGGGAGAAUUUUCCUCUUGUGAGCAUUAAUGGAGUUGGCAUCGUUCUCGAAUCAAUCUUCAUCUUCGUAUAUUUCUGCUACGCGUCGCCCAAAGAAAAAGCAAUCUCAGCCGUGGUGUUUGAAGACCACCGUCACCGAAAAUCAUUCGUCGGAAGUGUUGGCCUCGUGGCUUCUAUCUCCAUGUAUGGUUCUCCUCUCAUUGUUAUGAAAAAAGUGAUAGAGACAAAAAGUGUGGAAUACAUGCCUUUUCACUUGUCAUUCUUUUCAUUUUUGGCUAGCUCCAUUUGGUUGGCAUAUGGUUUACUUAGCCAUGCGUUGCCUAAUAUGGUGGGGACUCCAUUGGGGAUUCUCCAACUUAUCAUCUACUUUAAGUACAAGAACAAAAAGGAAGCGCCAAUUACAACAACGGUGGUGGGCAAAUGGGACCAUGAGAAGAACAAGAGUAAACUCAAGCUUGUAGUCGACAUUGAUCAUGAUGCUGAUGCUGAUGACAAUGAGAAGAAGUUCAUGAAUGCAUGUUAGUUAGCUUUCAGCUUUAUGAGUUUUAACUUUCUUGGAUGUGUUUUCCUUCUCCAAAACUGUGUGUCUGUGUAUGAAUCCAUCCAGAAAUGUUAGGUCAACGUCAAGGUCUCGUGGGUUGUGCUUUCAUUACAUGAUGUUACAUCUCUAUUCUUGAUCAUGCGAAUAGAAACAACAAGAGUUUUUGUAUUCGACGACAAAGAUUCAUUGUGUCGACAAAAAGACAAAAGAAAAAGAUCGAUCUAUAGUCGAUGACUGAUACAAUUCAGAAUUAUUGAGUA